UGGCCUCAUGGGAGAUUUUCUGCACGUUGAACGAGACAGACACACAUCCACUGCAGACUUGGUAACGUUUUCAGCACCAUCUUCACCACCAGGAGAAAAAAUCUGCAUCAACUACAAAGUAAAGCAGGUCAGUGCAGAGUUUCAUAGGAUCACGACCCUGAACCUUGAACCAAAGUUCAUGUCAUCAUUGGACUUGUAUUCAUCCAAACUCCUGUCCUUGUUUCAAGCCAAGAAAGGUGCUGCUGGACAACGCCACAGGGCACAGUUAAACCUUCUGCUUCAGAGUGGAAAUUCCAUCGAGAAAAAACGAGAAGUCAUCAUCAGAUGUCUCAUUGACCAUCUGGGAGAGGAUCCAAGUGCCUUAAUCAAAACCUUUGAGGACGGUGCUGAUGCUGUCUUUGUUGAAGAGGCUUUGGCUGAGGAGGUGAUGAAGAUUUACCUGCUGCAGAAUCAAGACAGGUCAGGCGAACGUACUGAUGUGGGUAUUGUUAUUGAAGGCGUUACUGUUCUGGGCAAACUUGGGAAUCUGAGCAAAGCCUGUUGCUAUCUUUUGGGACUGUGCUAUGCUCUGGAUCUGAAACACCCCAAGAAUCUCAAAUGCACAUUUGAAGCAUUUCAAAAAGUGUUCAUGGAGCUGGAUCCAGGAAACCUUUCUGUCAAGGUUCAAAGACUGAAAAAUGACCUCUGUUCAUUGUAGACAAAAUUUCACAGGGCUGUUCUUAAAGUGUUAGACUUGUUAAGUGACAUGUAAUGCUCAUCAAAAGGUUCAGUUGCGGCAUUACAUUGUGUUGACAUUCCUGUUCAUAAAUAAUGUUUGUACCAUAAACUGUGUUUUUGUAUUAACUUUCCAGAUUCACAUUAAGGUGUAAAUGGGAGAGUAUCUUCUGUAUGUUUUUUUUUUUUUUCUU